AUCAUCAUUCUGGCAAUAAAAUCCGAGCGGGGCUGUCUAUUUCUUUCCGAGCGCUGUCUUUGGCGACCAAAUCCUUGUGCGCUUUGGAGCUUCCAUUUUACUGCUAUUGUCUCCUAUCUGUAAGCUGUCACAAGCAACGAAUCGAUUAUCAACGAUAGGAUCCGCCCCCGACAUUAACUCUUGCAAUCUCAUAUCUUCCCUUGCGUUGGGUGCCCAGAAAAUAUAGGCGAGGCCAAUAUCAAAAAAUCCACCAGGGUCAACAGCGCUGAAAAUUAAGAAUGGAUCCAGCACAGCUCGUUUUGCUGGGAUCAACUAUCUGUGUCAUGCUGACCGUACACUUUUCAAUGAAGCUACUCGCAGAUCAUGUUCUGAACUGGAAGAAGGCAAAGGAGCAGAAAGCCAUAGUAAUAAUCAUCCUUAUGGCCCCGAUAUAUGCUGUAGACUCUUAUGUUGGUUUGAUAAACUUUUUUGGAAGCAAGGCAUUCUUUACAAUCUUGGACUCGAUCAAAGAGUGUUAUGAGGCUUUGGUGAUUGCUAAGUUCUUGGCCUUAAUGUACAGCUACCUGGACAUAUCUUUAAGCAAGAACGUUGUGCCAGAUGAGAUCAAAGGACGAGAGAUUCAUCAUUCAUUUCCAAUGACCCUUUUUGUGCGCCAUACAACUCGUCUGAACCAGCAUUCGCUGAAGCUUCUCAAGUAUUGGACUUGGCAAUUUGUUGUGAUCCGCCCUGUGUGCUCCAUCGUGAUGAUAGCUCUGCAGUAUGCUGGAAUAUAUCCCAGUUGGCUCAGCUGGACAUUCACAAUCAUUCUAAAUGUUUCAGUGACGCUGGCACUAUAUUCUCUUGUUGUGUUCUAUCAUGUGUUUUCAAAAGAGCUGGCACCCCAUAACCCUCUUGCCAAGUUUUUAUGCAUAAAAGGAAUCGUCUUUUUCUGCUUUUGGCAGGGCAUAGUACUUGAAAUGCUGGCAAAAUUGGGAAUAAUCCGAUCCCGUUACUCGUGGCUGGAUGUGGAGCGUAUAGAGGAAGGCUACCAAAACAUGUUGGUCUGUAUUGAAAUGGUUUUCUUCUCCGCUUAUCAGCAACAUGCGUACAGUGCCGCACCUUACAAAGAUGGUAACAAAAGUGGUGAAGCUAUAGAUAAGAAGGCAAAGUGAUUCUUGCAGUAGCUGGAUGUACCAAAGUUGCUUUGCUUUAUUUUGUCACAGGUUGGAAUAAAAUUUCAUACUAUGUUAAGAUGCCAAGGGUAUGUUUGGCUUACAGUUUGAGCCAAGUCAGAUUGCGGAGAGUCAUUAUGUAAAAGUUGAUUUAUUGAAAAAAAAAAACAUAGAAAUGAUAUAAAAUUUGAUAUGGUGAAUGCUACAUAUAAUACGAUUUUUGUUUAAGAUUUUGAAUAUAA